AUGCUGAGAUGCAGGGCUCGAUGCUUGCAUCUCGGGGCGACAGCUCUCUGGAGCCCCCAGGCCCCUGCCCGGAAAUCCGUGCCUCCCAGUCCUCCCCUUAACCUGGAAGACAGGAAGGUUUUCCAGCACAAGACCAACUGGGAGAUCACUCGCGGACUGCUGGUCUUCCUGCUCUGCUCCUCCCCGCGGUUGGUUCAGAAGGCACCCGCGCUCCUUUCGGUCUCCCGGAGGGUUCUGGGCCGCCGACUCUGGAACUGUCUACUCCGUCUCACGCUUUAUGGACAGUUUGUGGCGGGUGAAACCCCCGAGGAGAUCCAAGACACCCUGCGGAGGCUCCAGAGGUUGAGGGUUCGCCCCCUCCUUGCGGUCCCUAUUGAGGAAGAUGUGGGGCAGACCAAAGAAGGAGAAGGGUGGUAUGACAGCAACGCCCAGGCCAUACUUGCCUGCCUGGAUCUGUCAGUGAGAGACCCGUCAGGGGAAAGUCCUCGCAAUCCCAUGAUGCAACUGAAAAUAACAGCCCUGAUGGCAGCGGAGCUCUGUAAAACUAUUACUCUUCGGCUGCAAGAGCAGGAAGGAGCAUUAGACCUGACAGUUGAAAGAGUCUUUGCUCUCAUGAAAGGAGAGGAACUGAGCUUCGGCUGCCUGACCCCAGAAGAGAAUCUGCAUUUCCAAAAAUCACUGAGUCGGCUCAGAUCUGUAGCAGAGUAUGCUGGGGGGAAAAAGGUCCGUGUCCUGGUAGAUGCUGAAUACACCUACAUUAAUCCUGCCCUCUCACUAGUCACCAUAGCAAUGAUGGCUGCCUGUAACACCCAAGUCCCGUGGAUCUGGAACACAUAUCAAGCAUAUCUCAAGGGCACUCUGAAGCAGCUGAGCCAGGAUGUGGCCCUCGCCGAGCGCUUGGGUGUGUGUUUUGGAGUGAAGUUGGUCCGGGGAGCUUAUCUGCAGAAAGAACUACAACGGGCAAGGGAAAAAGGGUACCCUGACCCUGUGCACCCCACCUGGGAAGCUACCAACGAAAGUUACAGGCGCUGCCUAGAUUUCGCCUUGGACAGAGCGUCUCGUGGCCGAGGCAGGUUUGAGCUGAUAGUGGCCACCCACAACAAGGCCUCGGUUGAGCACGCCGCGCAAAGGAUGGAGGAGAUGGACAUCAACAAGAAUGACGGCCCCGUCUGCUUCGGGCAGCUUCUGGGCAUGUGCGAUCAUGUUUCCUUGCCGUUGGGACUCGCAGGUUAUGCUGUCUACAAAUCCAUCCCUUAUGGCUCUGUGGAGGAGGUGAUCCCAUACCUGAUCCGCCGUGCUCACGAGAAUCAGAGUGUCCUCCAAGGAAUCCGGGAAGAGCGAGAUCUGUUGCGCUCGGAGCUGAAGAGACGGAUUCUGAGGAAACCUUGA